CCUCACGAGGGCGUCAUCGGUUCAUCAUCAUCGUCGUUCAGAAUAAAAGCCAGCGCGAGCGCGGAGGAGAAGCGAAAGCGAUCCGACACACGCCGACAUGAAAGACGUUCAGGGCGAAAGAUCAGCUGGAAAUCAUUUGAAACGCUCUCUGAUUGAUCUCAUCAUGUAUUUGAUAAGCGUCUUCCCGUGGCUGUUCCGCUGGCUCGUGAGCGGUAAUGCCAUGAUACGCGAUGAUGAAGAGACGCCCGUGUUCUUUGACCUGGAGACCACCGGACUGGACACGUCUGCAUGUGAUAUCGUCCAGCUGUCGGCCGUCAGCGGGGACCGUACGUUUAACGCAUACCUCCUGCCGCGCUGCACCAUGACAGACGGCGCGUCCCGAGUCACGGGUCUGACUGUAGACGGCCCCGAUCUGCUCUUCAAGCGGCGUCGCGUGCAGACCGUCCCUCACGCACGGGCUCUAAGUGACUUCAUCCUCUUCCUCAAGACCUUCAACAGGCCCUUUCUAGUGGGACACAACAGCAAGCGCUUUGACUGGCCCAUCCUGACCCGUGUCCUGGAGCAGUUUGACCUGCUGGAGGAGUUUGAGGGCGCCGUGUCGGGAUGCGUGGACACGCUGGGACUGAGCAGGGAAAUGUUCCGGCUGCCCAAAUACUCGCAGCCGUUCCUCGUCCAGCACUUCCUGCAGGAGUCGUACGGUGCUCACGAUGCCACUGAGGACGUCCGGACCCUGCAGGACCUCUACAGAGUCUGGAAACCCUCUGAGGAGCUCGUCAAGAAACACAAAGUCAUCUUGUGAUGGACAGUCUCAUGACAUUGUAGCUGCAGCUCAGGGGAAAAGAAAAUAUUGCAUGUGUGUUUUUAAAGGAAUUAAGUUGCACUGGACUGAAAGAUUCAGUUUUUGGGUUUUAUAUAUAUAUAUAAAAUGUUUUAUAGUGCCUUAGCAGAUGCAGUAAAAACAUUUAGUUUUUUGGCUGAUGCAACUCUGGAAUAAUGCAGCCAUCCAAAACGGUUCAUAUCAAUUUCAUCUCUCUUUUUUUUUUUUUUUUUUUUUUGAAGAUCUCAAGUAUUGAAUAUGUUACUGUGCAAUAUGUGUUUUGUAGAGUAAUAUUUACAUUAUUUUCUGCAUUCAUUGUCAAAGCCUACUGUAAAUUAUGGCACAGUAUUUUUAAAAAGUUGCCUCUUUUUAAUGUCAUAUGUGUUGUUUUAAUUUCUGUUUUAGUCUAAAAUCAGGUUUUGGUUUACAGAUUCAGUUUUGCUUCCUUAUUUCAGAAUGAAUAUAUUUAACUCACAAUUUCAUGUAAUUUCAAUUGUACAUUGUUACAUAUUGACAUUGUUAAUUCAUUAACUGGAACCAUUAAAUAUGAACCAUUUUAUAA